CGUGCUGAGACUACAUGAACGCGGUCCUACAUUCUUCCCACAGCACCGGGGCAAGACUUUGGAGUACGUAUCGGAAGGGGGAACGAUGCAGACCGUGUGGUUAUUAUUGGUGCUUACUGUCAGUGCUGGAGCAGCGAUGUCCGCAGUACUGGAGGGAGCAGACAGCAGCUGUACUUGUAAAGACGGAGAGCCGGGUGAAGCAGGCCCCCGGGGAGAGAUUGGACUGAGAGGCGCGCGUGGGCCACCCGGAUUUCCUGGUAUAAAUGGAAGGCCAGGCUAUGAUGGCAAUCCAGGCGCAGUUGGUCCCAAGGGAGAACCAGGGUCGUCUAGUGUGCCUCUUUCUCAAAAGCCAGGCCCACCAGGGCCAAAAGGUAAUAUUGGUGCUGAAGGCUCAACAGGAGCGCAAGGCCCAGCUGGUCCGAAAGGGGCCAAAGGAGAGCAGGGCAUUGCUGGUAUCCGUCACCAGGUGGCUUUCACAGCAAUUCUGGCAGAAACGUGCUUUAGUGGUGAUGAAGCCAUGACGAUUAUAUUUAACACUACGAUUCUCAACAUUGGAGGCGGAUUUAAUGAAAGCUCGGGCGAGUUCACCGCUCCUGUAUCGGGGAUCUACAUCAUAAGCCUCAAUGGGUUGAGCCAUUCCACAACAUCAACCUGGCUGAAGCUAAUCAAAAAUGGGACAACGACCAUUGUAAACGGAUACGGAGCUCAUCGUCACGCAGCCGUGUCAAUGAGCGUCAACGUACGGCUGAAGCAGGGCGACACAUUGGAAAUACAACUGCAGCCCGGAAAGGCUAUAUAUUCAGAAAGCGACGAUAUCUACACAACUUUCACUGGUUUCCUUCUUUAUGAGACCGAUUGAGAAACAUAGUAGAAUGAAAUAUG